AUGGCUUCCAGCGCGCGUACAUCUACAGAAGAUCGACCCGGGGCGCAAGACCAAGGACCCACGGUAUCGAAUCCCCACUCCCUCUCCAAGACCGUCCAUGCGCGGCGCGCCGAAUAUACUCGACCGCAAAAGAUUAAGAUCAAGAUCGGGUCUUGGAAUGUAGCGGCUUGCCCCAAUACGGAGCUCGAUUUGGCCGGCUGGUUUGUGCAAGGGAAGGGUGUUGAUGAGCGGCUUUCCGGUGCUGGAGUAUCAUCCCAUGGCAGCGAAGAUGAAGAGGUGGAAAGCGCAGGUGCUCAAGAGGCAGGACGGACUAAGGAAGAAGGCACCAUUCCGAAGGAUGAUAAAGGGGUUAUACCGGGUGGUGAUGAGAUCGGGCUAUAUGUUCUGGGGCUACAGGAGGUGGUGGAUCUCAGCAGUGCGAGGGAAUAUGUUGGGCGGGUGUACACGGAUACAGGACCUAUGGCGAAGUGGAGGAAGGCGCUGAGUGAUGCGCUGCCUGCGGGAUACGUGUUAAUCACAGAGGAGCAGCUUUCUGGGCUGUUGCUCCUGGUCUUCGCUAGUCCUACUGUUGCGCCAACUGUCAGCUCUGUGAGCACUGUUAGUGUGGGCACGGGGAUUAUGGGAUAUCUCGGGAAUAAAGGGGCUGUGACGACGAGAAUAUUGCUGGGAGAGACGACGCGGAUGGUGUUUGUGAACUCGCAUUUGGCGUCGGGGUCGGAUCCGGCGCAUUUGGAUAGGAGGUGUUGGGAUGUUGCGCAGAUUCUACAGCGCACGCGCUUCGAUCCUAUUAACUUUGCCGGGGUCCUGGAGGAUACGCAGGAUGGGAUAGGGGACGAGGACUUUGCGUUCUGGUUUGGGGAUUUGAAUUUUAGGCUUGAUGGCCUCCCUGGUGAUGAUAUUCGACGGCUUCUUAUGCUACAUACGAAGGGGGAAUAUGGUGUUGGGGAGGACUCGAGGAAUAAGAUCGAUGACGAGUUGGGUGAGGGCCGUGACCCUAUUGUUAUACGCAGUGUGGAAAGUGAUGAUGAAUCCGAGGAGGACUCGGAUCCUCCAACGAGUGGCAGCUUUGAUCCCGGUGACGAUUCUUCUUCGAAUACCCUACCGGACCCCGACGAUUUCGUGCAAGAUCCAAGCCAGGACCCGGCUUCUUUACAGGCGACCUUGGAUUCAUUACUACCGCACGACCAGUUGAGGCAUAUGCAGAAGAAGAAGAAAGCGUUUCAUGAUGGCUGGCGGGAGGGGCCUAUUACAUUUCUACCCACGUACAAAUAUGACGUUGGGAGUAUGGGGAUAUUUGACUCCAGCGAGAAGAAGAGGGCGCCUAGCUGGUGUGAUCGUAUACUCUAUCGGACUCGAAAAGAUAAACUAGAAUAUGAGGGCAAGGCACAGGAGGACGCACUUGCGAGAAUUAAGGAUGAGGAGAUGAAAGCUAGAGGGAUCGAUCAGGCUUCGGAAGACGAAGAUGUUUUAUUUGACUAUAACCCCGAUGAGGAUGGGUUGGAGGAACCCGCUACGAAUAAUGAAUAUGACGAAUACAAUGAAGAGGAGGCCGAUCAUCCGGAUGAUGUGCUAACGAAAGAGGGUUAUGUGGACAGGGUCCAUUUAUACGCUUAUACAUCGCAUCAAAGGGUACUUUCCUCGGACCAUAAGCCCCUAGAUGCCGCCUUUACGGUGGAAUAUGAUGCUGUUGUGCCGGAACUAAAAGCGAGGAUUCAUCAAGAGGUGGCUCGCGAGUUGGACCGAGCGGAAAAUGAAGGGCGGCCUGGCAUAACAGUUGUUGUUGAUCGUUCUCACGAGGCGGACAAUAAUUCACAACCAGAUGCCCCUGGGUCACGACCACCAUCGGUGAGCAUCCCUGACUGUAUAGACUUCGGCAAGGUGGCAUAUCUUCAAAGAAAGACCCGUAGCUUGACGAUUGCAAAUACUAGCCAAGUCCCGGCGACGUUCUUUUUCGCGGAUAAACCGAGCAUCACAGGUGAAGAAGAUAGCAUUGCUCCGUCGUGGCUCUCCGUCUACUUUGUCAACCCUGAGAUGGACGCCGGCACGCCGACAUUGGAACAAGCGAAAAAGGAGGUCACUUUGGAGCCUGGCGACGCCAUCAAUGUCAGCCUUGAUGUCUUUGUUGACGACAUCUCGCUGGUGAGAAGUCUAAAUGCGGGGGAAAUGCAUCUUGACGACGUCCUCAUCCUGCGCGUUACCGAUGGCAGAGAUCAUUUUAUUCCUGUUCGUGGCACAUGGCUUCAAUCUUGCUUCGGGCGGUCUGUCGAUGAGCUGAUUCGCAUUCCACAAGGUGGUGUGCGCGCCCUCCCCCCUCCUCGUCGUGGAUCAAGCGGUGCUCCAGUCAAUAACCAGCAGGAAGUCUAUUGGUCUGCACCGCGCGAGCUCUUUAAGCUCACUGAAGCGGUGGAGGCGCUUGUCGAACGUGUUGUUGCUGAUUCCAACAUGAUCGAGAGCUCACAGGUUCCCAAAGAUGCUGCAGGUUGGCCUUUCGACUGUGCCUCUUGGACUUUUAAUGAUUCCAAGGCGCGAGAGGUCCAAAAAGGCUCUGUGCUGGACGCAUUAGAUGCAGACAAGAACAUCAACGACUCAUUCCCAGUGGAAACCCCAGCUCUACAAAAACUAGAAAUCAUAUCAGAGGUCCUGAUUGGGUUUCUCAACAGCCUCACAGAUGGCAUUGUCCCUGCACCUCUCUGGGACAAGCUCGAGGCGGACAUGGUAUCAAGGGGCGCCAACCCGCUCACCGACACCGAAGAAAUCAAGACCUGGGUCCUCGAUGUCCUUUCCACUUCGCCAAACCACAACAUCUCCUUCGUAUUUCUCACCAGCAUGCUCUCUCGCGUUGCAGGCGAGCUGGCGCCUGUGCCCAAAGUCUCCUGGAGGAACAGCAAAGCCGGCAGUGUGAGGAGUAGCAUGGAGACGGUGCGCCGGUCUUUAAGCUGGAAGGGCAAAGCCCCACUACCACCCCCGGCGGAUCCUAAUGUGCUAAGACGCGAGGCCGUGGAGAGGGCGUAUGCUGAUGUUUUUCGGGAUGUGGUGUACAGGGGCCCGGUGGGGUUGAAGGAUAAGGAGAGGAAGGCGAUGGGGGAGCGGAGGAGGGAGGUGUUGGAGCCGUUUGUGGGGGAUGUGCGUACUAGCCCUUGA